GGGAUGGGGAUGAGGUGGCAGUAAACACCGGAAGCCGGACGUGUUCAUAAGCAGCCACUAAGCUAACAGGCUAACAGGCUAACUGACACCGCGCGAGUUGAACUUUUCACCGAUUCCCUCCGAGUCCGAGGCCGCAGAGUUUCUCAGGAUGAGUCUUCAGUGGACGGCGGUGGCCACCUUCCUCUACGUAGAGGUCUUCUUCGUUCUGCUGCUCUGCAUCCCCUUCAUCUCACCCAAGAGGUGGAGUAAGAUCUUCAAGUCUCGUAUCGUACAGACCAUCGCUCUGUAUGGAAACACGUCGUUCAUGGUGGCCAUCGCCAUCCUCGUCUUCCUGCUCAUCGACGCGUUUCGUGAGGUCAGGAAGUACAGUGUGCCGGAGAAGGUGGACCUGACCAACAACCCCAACGCCGUCGAACACAUCCACAUGAAACUGUUCAGAGCUCAGAGGAACGAGUACAUCGCCGGCUUCGCCCUGCUGCUGUGCCUGUUGCUGCGUCGUCUGGCCACUCUGCUCUCCCAGCAGGCUUCUCUCAUGGCCUCCAACGAAGCCUUCAAGAAGCAGGCGGAGGGCGCCAGCAACGCCGCGAAGAAAUUCAUGGAGGACAAUGAAGAGCUGCAAGAGAAACUGCGUAAUGCUGGUGUCGAGGUGCCGGAGGCCGGGAGGAAGGGAGCAGGACCACAGGAGGAGAACAAGAAUCUGAAAGAGGAGGUGAAGACUCUGAAGGAGGAGAGAGACGCCACCAAGAAAGCUCUGCAGAAGUCGGACAGUGACGUUCAAGCCAUGAAGAAACAGGCGGAGAACCUGACGGUGGAAUACGACAGACUGCUGGAGGAGCACAGCAAGCUGCUGGCGACCAGCGACAAGAAGUCAGACUGAGGAGGAGAAACAGUUUCCAGCUUCUCUCAUCUUCAUCUUCAUCACCUUCGUCAUCUUCGACGUCCACAGCUUCUGUUUCCACCUCGACGUCCUGCACAGCGAUGUGAUGUCACUUCCUCUCUGGCUGUGAUUGCUUCAAGCUUUUUCGGAAGAUAAAAAAACCUCUUCACUUGUGUUUCUGUUGGACUUUCUGUUUUUGUUUCUUGUUUACAGAUUUGUUUGUUUUCAGUCAAACGGUUCGUCCGUCUGAAACGAUCGGAUCGGAUCAUUCCCUGUUUCCUGUUGACUAGUUUCAUUCCAAAAUAAAAGCUCCAAUGGUUUUAUAAAAACAUUCGUCUGGCGUCUCGGACGAAUGUUUUUCACAUUCCGGGAUAAAGAAGUCCAAACGGAAACCGUCUUCAAUUUAUCCUGAACGUUUUUUUCUGAUUUGAAUAAAAUUUCCUGAACUCGGACGAAGAAUCUUGUCUCGAAGUUCGAUUCCCUCACGACCAACAUGGGGUCAAAGGCCGCGUCUCUUUAGAAGAGUGAAACUUUUCAUCUUCUGACUGAGUGUUUACUUUUCUUGAGUUUUUUUUCUUGGCGUUUCUCUGGCUCCGCCCACACUGAUGUGUUGUUGUUUUAAAUCUCAUCACUGUUGCUAUCGUACGCCUUCCGUCCACAUGACUCAGCGUUUUCCAGCCUCUGAUUCAGAGACUUGUGUAAACGAAGACGCCCACGUUCUCUUCCUGAUUGGUUCUCGUCAGUCACAUGACUCGACCACAAAGCGUUUCUAAAACUUCCUGUCAGUAGCAACCAACUGUCUACGUCACAUGACCAGUGAAAUGAAAACUUGUCAGUUUGGGCGGAGCCGUGUUCUGACGACACAAGAUAAUUUAGUUUCACACUUUAAACUUUAAAACCUUGUUUGAUGUUUGUUCUGUUGGUGGAGGAGGAAUCACACGAUGUUCGUAUCGAUAGAAAACUUCUGCUCAGCUGAAUGUGAACGAUUUGCGUGAAAAGGUUCAAACCAAACAUGAAUGAGUGUCUGUUUUCAAAGAUGGCCGACACAGAGUCUCAGUGGUUAACGACUUUAAGACCAAACCCAUCAGAAACGGGAACAUGCACAUAUGUAACUUCACGUUGUCUUUACUCACAGCCGCUGGUUUCCUGUGACCUGAUGUGAAAAGGUUGAUCUGUAUGUGAAAGUUCAUGGAUCAUGUGUCAACUUCCUGUUUGAUACAAAAUAAACUGUCGACUCAGUGGAAA